UACCAAACAACUUGCAACAGACCCAUGGCUUCAGGACAGGAUUUGGAUGCUAGCUAAUGGACUUGUUAAGAUGUUUGUCCCUCUUCUUUAAGAAAUCAGAACCUGGCAUUUAAAGGUUAUCUUCAAACCAUUACUACAAAACAAAUGUGAUUUUUGCUUUUUCAUCCUUCAUAUUGAAGGGCCUGCCGAAUGAUGGCAAAGAACCUGCGUCAAAUACAAAACUUUUUGUUAGAUCACCAUUUUAUGACCUGUCUUUUAUGUUAGUUUUCAAUGGAGUCAAGUAAUCAGCACCAAGAACAGAGGCAUCGUGUCUUCAAUGGGGUUUUCCAUAAUAAUUUGAGACGUAAAAAACAAGAAGGAACAUUUAAACCCAAGUGCAUAUGGAACUCUGAAGAUAACGGUAUCGUUUAUAACUAAGUUGGCUCACAUGAAUAGGUGUGAAACGAUGGUACAAGAGUCCUUCUUGCUUGGACUUUUCUGCCAACAUUAAUGUUAAGCCAAUAUUAAUGUCAACAAGAAAGACAAACGGAACGUAUCGGAGAAAUCGGAGCUGAUCAUAUCUGGCAAGUAAAAACAAAGUAGUUUUGAUCACCUUUAUAUGUGCCAUUAGUAGCUCUAGAGAUUGGCAAUGGAGCUAAGCAUGUUGAUGAUCUUGGCGUUGGCGUCGGUGUUCCUGCUCUCGUGUUUUCUCUUGCUGCAUUCAUGGGCUUCACCAAAAGCAAUGGAGACCAUCCCUGGCACCUUGGGUUGGCCUAUUGUAGGGGAAAGCUUCUCAUUCAUCUCUGAAUUUUCGAGUCCACUGGGUAUUUACAACUUUAUGAAGACAAGGCAGGAAAGGUAUGGAAAGGUGUUUAAAUCUUUGGUGUUGGGGAGAUUCACUGUCUUUAUGACCGGGAGGGAAGCAAGCAAGAUAUUGUUGACAGGAAAAGAUGGGAUGGUGAGCUUGAACCUCUUCUAUACUGGGAAGCAGGUGCUAGGCCCCACUAGCUUACUCCAAACCACUGGUGAAGCACACAAGCGCCUUAGGCAUCUAAUCGCUGAGCCUCUAUCACUUGAUGGCCUAAAAAAGCAUUUCCAGUUCAUCAACACUCUGGCAAUUGAAACAUUGGAUCAGUGGGCUGGAAGAAAAGUGUUGGUUCUUGAAGAGGCUUCUACAUUCACUCUCAAGGUGAUAGGAAACAUGAUAAUGAGCCUGGAGCCCACUGGUGAGGAACAAGAAAAAUUUCGGGCUAAUUUCAAAAUCAUCUCCUCCUCAUUUGCAUCCUUGCCAUUCAAAAUUCCAGGAACAGCUUUUCAUCGCGGUAUGAAGGCUCGUGAUAGGAUGUAUGUCAUGUUAGACUCGAUAAUUCAGAGAAGGAGAAAUGGCAAAGAAUACCGACAAGAUUUCUUGGAAUCUCUAAUAAAGAAGCAUAGCAAAGAAGGCGGGGACAAAGAAGAUGACGAUAACAAACUCACAGAUAAUCAAUUGAAGGACAAUAUAUUGACUCUGCUAGUUGCAGGCCAUGAUACCACAACUGCUGCACUCACAUGGCUCAUCAAAUUCCUUGAAGAAAAUCCACCUGUUUUGGAACAUCUUAGAGAGGAACAUAAGGAAAUUCAAGCUAAUGGGAAUGGUGGAACAAAUCUCACCUGGACUGAAGUCAGUCACAUGCCUUACACAAACAAAGUGAUUAAUGAAACACUCCGGAGAGCCACAAUUCUGCCUUGGUUUUCAAGAAAAGCUGCUCAGGACUUCAAGAUUGAUGGAUACCAAAUCAAGAAAGGAUGGUCUGUUAACUUGGAUGUUGUUUCUAUUCACCAUGAUCCGGAAGUUUUCCCAGAUCCUCAGAAGUUCAAUCCCUCCAGAUUUGAUGCAAUCCUGAGGCCUUUCAGCUUCCUUGGAUUUGGUAGUGGACCUCGUAUGUGUCCUGGAAUCAACCUGGCCAGACUGGAAAUCUCCAUUUUCAUUCACCACCUGGUCUGCAGAUACAAGUGGAGACCUCUUGAGAAGGAUGACUCUGUCCAGGCAACGCUUGUCCGAAUGCCAAAGAAUAAGUACCCAAUUUUGGUUGACCCACUGUAAAAAAAAUCGUCUUGCAGGGCUCUUAAAGCAUUAUUAAUGUUCAGUUGUUGGCAUUCCAGAUUCCAAUCCUUGAAGACUUAGUCUUUGUUGAAGAUUAGCUCAAGUUUGUUAUGACUUUGUUUGUUUUAAAUUUCAAAAACAGCUGUAACAGCCUAAAUAAAUAUGCAGGAAAGAUAAUUUGUUAUUUUUCUUGUAUAAAUAUCUCAUCUCAAAUGGAAUAAAAUCAUCAGCUUCUCUCUAUCA